AGGAUUAUGAGCAUAAAAGCUAUGAAGUUCAUUCCCAUUCUUCUGAUAUCUUUAUUCUUCGUUAUCUCUUCGGCAGAUAAUGAAAAUAAGGAAGAAAGCGACAACUACAAAAAAGGUAUAGCGUGGUUUUAUGGCAUGGUACACUGUACUCCAAGAACAUGCUGUUGUUUCAACACCCACUGUUGUGAAAAUAAUCUAAUGUGCUGUAACCGAAACGGAAAAAGGAAGGUAAGAACGACCCCUUGUUAAAAGACAGACGACUUCAAAAGGAAUUUGAUUAAAACAACAUUAAGUCAUGAAUUUUCCGAUCCAUAAAUUUAAUUUUAAUAAAAAAGAAAAAGUAUCGUUUUUAUUAAUUUUUUAACAAUAAAUUACUGACACAAAUGGGAUCCUGGAAUGAAAUGGACAGAGAUAUUUGUGAGGAUACUUUUUUAUUGUGAUUUUAUUAAUAAGUUUGGUUUGACAAUUGAGAUAAUUUGUAAAUGUAUCAUGAUGAAAUAAAUAUUUUAAAAAAUGAUAAAACAUU